AGCAGUUCCUCGGUCAUCAUUCGUUCCCAACCACACGGCCUGUAAACACUGUUCUCUAUUCGAUAUCAUGUAACAAAAAUUGGUGCAUUCAAAAUGAUGACAAAGUUAAACUGUUACCAACUGGUUUCGAGUCAAGUACGUCCGUUACCAUUCUUUUUGUUCGUUGCGUUAUUCGCGUUAGUCGGUCUCUGGUAUACGAUCCACAUCCCAGAGGGAGCCGCUUCCAUGUAUUUACAGUUCAAAAGUGGUGUUCAGUGUGCCCAGUCUAGUCCGUCUAGGUACAUUUCUUCACUGUGCAACUGUGGAAAAGAGAUAGUCAUGGCGGCUGAUAGUCUCCGACCAGAUCCAAAAGUGUUUGACUGGUGCAGCCGCGAAUCGACCAUCCGCGGACCGAACCAAAAAAUCAUUUCUUACGCAUUGUACGGAGAUGCUCAAAACGCUUCCAUCUUUAAUCGCUAUUACUCGCUAUUGAGAAACAUAUCAUUGACGGCAGAAAGGGACUACCCUGGCUGGAUAAUCCGCAUUUAUCACGAUAUUCCGGAUGCCAGAGGGCCAGCAAAGGAAGCGCAUGAUCAGCUGUGCCAAGUUUAUUGUCGAUUUGACCAUGUCGAUUUGUGUAGCGUACCUUUAUUAAUCGACCGCAUUGGCAAUAAUACGACGCCCAUGGAUCCAGCUCUUCUUCGAGGACUCAAUCCACGUAUGUUCCGUUAUUUGGUCAUGUUGGAUCCGAAUGCGGAUGUUUUUAUUUCGAGGGAUGUCGACAGUCUCAUUUGGCGGAGAGAAGUUGACGCUGUGGAAGAAUGGCUACGAUCCAACUAUACGUUUCACGUCAUGAGAGACCACAUGAACCAUGGAUCAGUCAUUUUAGCAGGAAUGUGGGGAGCCAAAAUAUGGCAGCGACGGGAUCUCAUUGAAGGACUAAUGCGAGCGCUAAUUAUUUCUGGUCAACAACAGGUCAAAUCUCAAGACCAAUUUUCACUUGCGGACAUUGUGUGGCCAAUAGCCAAAUAUGACGUGAUGGCUCAUGACACUUAUGGAUGCCAAAACGAACGACUCAUCAGGCUGUCACCACUGAAAAUCCAUCCAUUUCCAACCCAACGCAAUGGCAGCUACUAUGUGGGGGGAGCUGGACACGAACUUUACCCAGACAAGUGUCCAGAAGUUUGCCGACCAUCAGAUCACAAGGACUGGGAAUAUUGUUGAUGAAAAUUUGUUGUCUUUAAAUUGAUGCAUAUGCUGUAAUGAAGUUGGUAAACACAUACAUUUGUGUAAACACA